AGCUGAAUAUUGUUACAGACGAUCGACCCAUCAUAUAUAUAUAUAAAUAGUGUUUAAAUUAUGAGUUUCUUUGAGACAGUAUUGGAGUCGAUGUUUGUUCGUUGGACCGCUGUCAAACUGGCCAACAAAUAUGAUGGCAUUGCGUCGUCGGCAUCGUCGAGUGGCGGAAAGGAAAGAAAAUAAUUCACCAUUGUUGGAAGAGGGUCAGGAGGAAGAUGGGGAUAAAAUAACAUGGAUUGAAUCAACGUUUCGAAAAAGAGAAUGCGUGACUUUUAUUCCCUUGAUCACACAUGACGGAUUGCAAAGAUGUGGAUGUGGAAGAACAUAUUCAUCACAUCUCUUUUUGGAUUCUUAUGAGAAACCGAAAAACAUAUCUCCAAAGAAAAAUUCUCCUUCACAUUUUGAAUUUCAUGAUGAAACAUUGCAAAGAUGUGAAACCAAUUUAUCUCAAUCCAAACCUGCUAAUGAGAAUCUCCCUCUACAAUCUCCAGAAGGUUUCCUGGAAAUUAAAAAUGUACCGAAAAUGCAAAAGAGGAAAAAAAGUUCUUCAAGGUUGCAAAAUAAUGCAAAAUGGAACGUUGUACACCAUACAACAUCUCUGCCUACGGAUGCUUAUGGUACUUUAGAAUAUCAGGGUACGGGUGAAGGAGAUAAGUCACAGUAUAUUCGCCUAGCACAUGACACACAUCCUGAAUAUACAAUGAGACUUUUGACCGAAGAAUGGGGAAUGCAACGUCCAAAAAUGGUUAUUACAGUACAUGGAGGUGUGCAUAAUUUUCAACUUCAACCAAAAUUACGAAGAGUGUUUUGUGAUGGACUGAUCAAAGCCGCAAAGACAACUGGUGCUUGGAUCAUGCUUUCUGGUCUUAACACAGGGGUUGGGUCAAUAGUUGGAAAUGCUCUGAAAGAACAUAAAGCAAGAUCAAGAGGGAGGAUAUAUAGUAUUGGAGUUGCCCCUUGGGGGGUUGUUGAUAACAGAGAAGAUCUUAUAACUUCUCAGGCAAUCAGCUCAUACCAAACUAUGGCUAACCCUCUCAGUAAAGGAGCAGUUCUCAAUGCAGCACAUACACAUUUUCUUCUGGUAGAUAACGGUACUGAAGGGAAAUAUGGAAGUGAAUUGAAGUUUCGUAGACGAUUGGAAAGAAAGUUAUCAUUGCAGCAGAUAAAUCAAAAACAUGGAAGAAAAAUUCCUGUUGUUUGUCUUGUCCUCGAAGGUGGUAAAAAUACUAUUAACGUUGUUUUGGAGAGUGUGAGACAGAGUCCUCCAAUCCCAGUAAUUGUUGUUGAUGGAUCUGGAAGAGCAGCUGAUCUACUUGCAUUUGCACAUCAAUAUGCAGAAGAUGAUGGAACUCUGAUGGAAGAUCUUCGGUUACAACUCUUAAUCACAAUACAGAACACAUUCGCUUGUGGUCGAGAUCAAGCUCAAUUUAUAUUUCUGUCUAUUAUGGAAUGUGUCAGGAGGAAAGACUUGAUAACUGUAUUUCGAUUGGGUCAAGGGCAAAAUAAACAAGAUGAUAUUGACAAUGCAAUUUUGACAGCAUCAUUGCGGGCUAGAAGAACAUCUGCCCCUGACAUGCUCAGUCUCGCGUUAACAUGGAAUCGAAUUGACAUCGCAACAAGUCAGAUAUUUGUCUAUGGACAACAUUGGCCGGUAUUAUCUCUGGAACAUGCGAUGAUGGAUGCUUUAAUACAGGAUAGAAUGGAUUUUGUGAAACUAUUGAUGGAGAAUGGUGUUAGCAUGCACAAGUUUUUGACCAUUCCAAGAUUGGAAGAACUGUAUAACAUAAAACAAAUACCCGUUCAUCUGUUAUAUUUACUGCAAGAUGUAAAGAAAAGUAUCACAUUAGGUUGCAGGUUCAACCUUAUUGAAAUCGGACAGGUCAUAGAGGGCUUGAUGGGUGGAGCGUACCGGUGCAAUUACACGAAAAAAAGAUUCCGUUUGUAUUAUGCAACACAUGGAAAAUUUAAUAUUAAAAAGCAACCAAGUUUCACGAAAAAAAAUAUCUUGCCAACGAACUUAUCUAAAUUGGAUGUUACGUCCUCUUUUCGUGAUUUUGCAAGUAUAGCAACUAACUCCAUCAAACAUGAGCAAGAUAAUAAUAAGAACAAUGGUGGUCCUGCCGCGCAGAUUUGUAGUAAUUUUCAAUAUCCAUUUCAUGAUUUGAUGGUUUGGGCUGUUUUAAUGAAAAGACAGAAAAUGGCAAUUUUUAUGUGGCAGCAUGGAGAGGAAGCUAUUGCUAAGGCAUUGGUUGCUGCUAAACUUUACAAAGCAAUGGCAAGAGAAGCAGCUGAUGAUGAGUUAGAUUUAGAAGAAAUGGAAGAAUUACGGAGAUAUUCUGGUGAGUUUAGUGAUCUUGCCACUCAACUUCUGGAGAUUUGUUAUCGAGCUGAUACUGAUGCUACUCAACAUCUACUCACUUAUGAGUUGAAACAAUGGAGCAAGCACACUUGUCUGAGUCUUGCAAUAGCUGCUCAACACAGAGAAUUUAUUGCACAUCCAUGUGUGCAACUCCUACUCAACGAUUUGUGGAUGGGAGGAUUGAAUGUAAGAAAAAACUCAAGCUUGAGGGUUAUUCUUGGUAUUCUCUUUCCUCCGUCACUCUACAUGUUGCAAUUCAAGUCGCCAGAAGAAUUACAACUUAUGCCCCAAACAGCAGAAGAACAUAUGGAUGAACGUAAUGAUAGUAGUUCCAUAUCCAGUUCAUCAUCGUCUUCAUUAUCUUCCUCUACUUCAAGUUCGUCAAGCAGCAGUUCAAGUUCAUCUGGAAGUAUAACUUCAGGAUUUCAGCAUAAACCUGAAGUUGUAGUACGAGGCGUGACUGGUUUGGACCAAUCAAAUCAACCACCGGAUCCAUAUGAUGUAUUCAUGGCCCAACAGAGACAAUUACCUGUCAGCAAAAAGUUGUAUGAAUUCUACAAUGCUCCCAUCACAAAAUUUUGGCUUUAUACUAUUUCAUACAAUGCUUUUUUGCUCAUGUUCACAUAUGUUGUCUUGGUUUCAAUGGGUUCAUUGCCAUCAGUCAUGGAAUGGAUUGUUAUAUCAUAUAUUUUUACCCUCUCUCUAGAAAAGAUGAGAGAAAUAAUUGCUUCUGAGCCAAGCGGAGGAAUUAACAAGCUUAAAUUGUGGCUCGGACAUUUCUGGCAUCGAGUUGAUAUAGUAUUAUUGUUAACUUUCUUCUCUGGCUUUGUACUAAGAAUGAUGCAAGAUGAAUAUUUGUUAAAAAUAGGAAGGGCAUUAUAUUGCGUAAAUAUCGCUUUAUGGUACAUCAGAUUACUGAAUAUAUUCAGUGUUAGUAAAUAUCUUGGUCCGUACGUGAUGAUGAUGGGUAAAAUGAUGGUUGAUCUUGGUACUUUUAUUAUAUUACUUGCUGUUGUUCUCAUCAGUUUUGGAGUCACUAGACAGGCGAUCCUGUAUCCAGACGAAUCUCCGAAAUGGUCAUUAAUCCGUGAUGUAGUUUUUGAACCUUAUUUCAUGCUUUAUGGAGAAGUUUAUGCUGGAAAAAUUGAUCCCUGUAGUAAAGAUAAUGCCACAACUUUAUGUGUUGUUGGAUCUUGGAUUGUUCCCACGGCAAUGACGUUAUAUUUACUUGUCGCCAAUAUACUUCUGCUGAACAUGCUGAUUGCUGUUUUUAACAAUACUUUCACAAAAGUAAAGAAUAUAUCAGACAAAAUUUGGAAAUUUCAUCGCUAUGGAAUGAUUGUUGAAUAUGAAUUCCGUCCCACUAUUCCACCACCAUUCAUUGUCAUCAGUUAUAUAUUUAUGUUGGUUCGACUUUGCCUGAAAAAGCGGAAAAAAUCAAUUUUCAACUCUGAUAGAGGACUAAAAUUGUUUCUUGAUGACGAAGAUGUUGAGAAGCUUCAUGAUUUUGAAGAAGAUUGUUUGGAUGAUUUCUUCCGACAAAAGGAUUUUAAGAAAGAUACGAGCAAGGACUUAGAAAUGGCUAAAGUACCUUUUGACAGAAUGGAAAGAAUUCUGGACUUUAUUGACGAGUCUGAAGAGCAUGAUAGAUUGAUUACAUCACAGCUUCGUAUUCUUGAAGAAAGAUUAACUCAACUUGAAGAAAUGAAUAUGAAGAUUUUGAGAACCCUGCCUCAGCUGGUGGAUGGUCCAUAUGAAAGCAGUGAAGAUUCUCAACAUGAAUAUGAUACAGAAGAUAAUUUUGCUACAAUGCGAGAAAGAAUGAGAUUUCAUAUUCAUCGAUUAAGACAAGAUUCAGAAAUGAGCACACUAAGUGACUGGAAUCCUUCUAAUAUUUUAAUGCAAAGAUUUAAAAGCCACAACACAAAAAAUCGUGAAAGACAUGCUUCAGAAAGAUUAUCGCAAGCAGCUCUCAUCGAACAUAAAUUAAGAAAAACAAAUUCAACUGGUAAUAUGGAGAUUCUAAAACGGAAUUCUAUGGAUAAUGCACAUGGACCUACAAUGUUGGAAACACCUUCCGGUCUUCAAAGUUCAAGUUAUCAUGCAUUGAUGACAAGACCUUUUGUGGAUUCGGAACAAAAAUCUGUGUCUUGCCAGGAUUUUUUGAUGUUGAAAGACGAUCAUGAAGGUGUAGGGAUUGAAUAUCAAGAUCCAAUAAAAACAACAGACGAUAUUGUAUCAGGGAGUGAAUUUCUACCUUCAGAUUACGUUGAUGAAAAUACUCCCGUUGAAAUCAGGAAACCAAGCUUUGGGACAAGUCAGAAACCAAAGAUACGAUUCAGUGAUAAUAUACCCAUUGUAGAUGCUCAUCCUUCCGAGUAUCCUCAAAGUUCUAAUACUCAACGAGAAGCAUUGUCUGGGAAUGAACGAUCUUGUUCUAGUAUAUCUGAAUCUGAUGAUCAAGAGUACGGGAUGCCGUUUGUACAGCGUAGAAAACGAAUUAAGGGUUCUGGACGUUUUGUCAAAAAAAAGUUCAACACUGGAACCAAGUUACCCAUGCUUGUCAUAAACAGUCCAGAAAGACUGGAGAGCACACUCGGAUUGACGCCAGUAGAAGACAACAAAAAUGAAAGGCUGAAUAGUGAAAAACAAGUUAAAUUAAAAAGAGGUCCAAACUCUUAUCCUCUUCUCAAUCUAAUGCAAGAAAGAAACGAUUCUACGAAAUCUAGACGAAUGACACAUAGUCCUGGUUUAGGAUUUCAAAAUAAUGAUCCAAAUUAUCAAAGUACAAGUUUCAAUCAUAACCUUAAUUCUCCUGGUAUUCGACGUACUAUUCUUUCAUCUGCUACUCCGAAUCAAUCAUUUUAUAAAAGUAUUACUGAUUGCAUUGAUACAUCAAGAUGGCAUGAUGCUAAUUCAACUGCAGUACCUCAAACUCCAUUCGAAAUGUGGCUGAAUAAGCCUGAGUUCUCUCAUCAAUCAAGAUCUCCGAUUUUUCAAUCAGACCGAAUAUCAUUGGAUGAAUGGGAAGAUGAACCACCUUCUCUACAUCCUAGGAGAUCAUCGAGAAGGGGAAAACGACAUCAUCGUACUAGAUCAAGACUUUAUUCCAACAACAGUUCCUCAUCAAUUAAAUCAGCAUCUUCUAAGCAUAGGAGGGGAAGCGUUAGAAAACGCCGACAUAAGCGGAAAAAAAAGUUGCAAAAGGCAUUGAAAGAGAAUUUGGAGGAGGAAAACACAGCAUUAACUUCAUUGAAAGUGUCAGAGUGUCAAAAACAACUAUCCACUGUCAAAGAAAAUUCUGCGCUGUCUUCCAGUCAAAUACUAGAUCAUGAUAACACUGUAUUCAUUAAAACACCAACUCCCAUCUUCAACAUCAAUAACUGUAAUUUGAAACAAAUCUCAGCAUCAAAAAACGAAGACGGCAGCAACUCUGAUUCAUUCAUGUCUAGAUAUGCAUGCAUAAAUCAUGACAACAGUGCCACAGUUUCAACUAACAAUCAAGAUGCAAAUGAAUAUGAUGAAAAAACAAACUUGUUAUCUAGAUCAGGUACUGGAACUACCACUUAUGAUAAACCACUACUUUGUUGAAAUUUUGCUCAAAAGUUAUAAGAAUAUUCAACAAAUCAUCAUUUUACACUUAUUUUUUAGUGGUUUUUAGCAAGUCAUUUUUGUGACAUUUGGUUUGUGCUUCUUACUGUGUUUUUUGACAUGUUUUAAAUUCUGAUUCAUCAGUAUAUAUCAUGAUUCUUCAUAUGGAAACAUGUCAGUAUUCCAGUUUCACACUGACCGCUUCUACAAGGUUCUAUGCAGGAAACCAGUUAAAAAAAUGUUUUCUAGUGGAACGAAAUAGUAGCAAUGGAUGUGAAUAGUAGUAUUAAAUUAUUUAAAAAUUCUGCAGUUGAUAAUGAAUUAAAAUAUUCAAAAAUGCUGCUUCCACUAUUUAUUCUUAGAUAAUAUGAAUCUGUUUGAGCCAUGCAGCUCUGUUCUACUAGUGCACAAUUUUUUACAAUCAUAGUAUUUGGAAUUUAUUGUAUUCAAAACUCGUUUUUUUCUUUUGUGUUAAGUACUCCGCUUCUUAAGAUUUCAAUAUACACAAUGUAUUGUUUUACCUUGCCAGUGUCAGUUGCAUUUUAUUUGUCUCUUAAAACCUGUUUAUUUUAUUCAUCAUACUGUAUUAGCUUCUUUUCUUACCUUUCGCCUCAACUUCGACCAGCAGUGUACUGAUAGUGUGACAUCAAAUUUUUUUUCAAAUACGAUUUACCAAAGAAUAUAGGUAGUUAAUGAAUUUGAAAAAAGUCCUAAAUUCGUCUAUAUAUUUUAAAAUGAAUUGGUUGUUAGAAUUAAAGUUAUAAUAUUUGUUCUUGUAGACCGAAGUGGAAUAUUUGCAUUCAACUUUAUAAGCCUUCAUUAUAUAAUUUAUUUAAUAUUUGUUGGCAUGUUUUAGUGCUAUUCUUGUUAUUUGCAGGUCAUGAUUUUACUGUGCUUUUAGUUUGCCUAUAUCCAGUGGUGGGAUUCAAAUUUUUUGUCAGCCGGUUCUGUUACGAACAGAACCUUGACAGUAAUCAGUGAUGCUAACCGGUUCGCUGAUCUCAUAAAAUUCCGUGAGACGGUUCUAUAGAACCGGCUGAAUCCCACCACUGCCUAUAUCCUAAUUUAUGUGUCCAGCUUUAAAAUAACCAAGCUUAUCAAGAGAGAUUGUGGCAAACUGACCUAUCCCCCCAAUUACUUAUUUUCAAUGCCUUUGACAUGUCGUCAAACUGGUCUGCCGUUUUAUGCCUUUAAUAUAUUUUACUAGUUACUACUGUGCUGAUCAAUAAAGUCCUCUAUUGUUGGCAAAA